AUGACAAAACAACAGGACCUGACGGAGGUCAAUCCUUACUACUUCCGGUUGGGCGGGCAGAGCAGUUUACCACUGAACCCCAAGCCCUUCCUGAACGGCCUGACGGGCAAGCCGGUGAUGGUGAAGCUCAAGUGGGGCAUGGAGUACAAAGGCUACCUGGUCUCUGUGGACGGCUACAUUUUGGAUGCCCCAACAAUGCCCAAUGUCCCCUUGUUGCAGAGUUUACCACUGAACCCCAAGCCCUUCCUGAACGGCCUGACGGGCAAGCCGGUGAUGGUGAAGCUCAAGUGGGGCAUGGAGUACAAAGGCUACCUGGUCUCCGUGGACGGCUACAUGAACAUGCAGCUGGCGAACACGGAAGAGUACGUGGACGGAGCGCUCGCGGGGCAUCUCGGGGAAGUCCUCAUCAGGUGCAACAAUGUCCUGUACAUCCGAGGUGUGGAUGAAGAGGAGGAAGACGGAGAAAUGAGAGAAUGAGCCAACAAGGACGGUGUGGGUGUGAUUUGUAGUCCAAAAGUGUGCUUGUGUUUUCACCAUGUGAAACUAAAUGAAUGCUUGAUUUCUUUUUGUACUGUUUGAGACCAACUUUUUGUUGUUGAGACAAUAAAACUCAUUCUUAUGCUC